UGAAAACUUUGUCUAUAAGACAUUGUGAUAUCGAAAAAUAUCCUUUUUACGUUAUCGAUAAAUAUAUAAUAUGUAAAGACAAUACUGUCACUCGACAGUAAUAAUCGAACAUCAUUAAUAUUUUCAUAGACAAUAAAUAAUGAUCGCCAGAGCACUGCUUCUUGUUCCACAGAAAAAAAGUUGACAGCAAAAAAAAAUGAAAAUUAAGCGAAAAUAUGAAUAAAUGUGCACAUAUUUAUAUUCUCGCAAUACAUUUUCGUAUGCAACAAACGAACAGAGAAAAAAACAAAAAAUAUAUCGACAUAAAAUGCAGUUGCAAAUGAUGACACAUGUAUAUCCACAGAUAAAUUAUCGAUUCUUAAAUACAAAAGUUGUCAGCUCUUAACGUGGAACAAGAUCAGUAACAAAAGUAAUAUACAAAAAUCUUUGAUACAGUCUGUAUUCGGUAAAAAGGUAGUUUCAUCACAGCUUAUGUUGUCUUCCUUCGCCAAAGACCCAUAGACAAGCUCUAUCGACGAUAUACGCGAAGACAAAAUCCGCGACUAGCAUUUCAACCAGUAUUGUACGAUACUGCAACAUGCAAUAAAGAUACAGAAAUACUUACAUGACUUGGAAAGUCUACAAUUUCGAACUGUAUCGCUACACCUGGCAGAAAUCCACAAGCCAGUAAGAAAAUGAUGGCAGAAGUGCUCACAAGACUGAACAAAAGAGCCUUAUUUUGUCCCAAACUUUCCAUGAAUGGCUGACCCUGUCACAAUACAAUGUAAUCAAUAUUGAUUAAUAUUUAUCACAUGCAUUAUUAAUUCUACAAUGAAACAUGUAAAUAACUCACUCGAUAAUUUAUAGCGAAGGUAGAAACCUGAAGGGACAUCGCAAUUAUAUACACAGUGCUGUUAAUCAAAUUCGCCUCGAAGGGUUCAUCCUCACUACUGUCAUCUCCAGUCAGUGAUGAAUUGACUUGGCUGGAAUUAUUCAAUAUAGCUGCCAACUUAUUGUCCCUAUAAAAACGAAUAAUUUUGAAAACGUGUAAUCAUUCACGAAUCAUCAAUCACCAGUCCCAUUUAAUUUACUUUACAACUUACUUUGGAGAUAAAAUAGUAGCUUCUCUUACUAAAUAGACGAGACAGAUAAAAUGUACAGCAAACUGCAGCAAUACAGUUGCGAUGGUGUACAAAUUAAAGAUAUUCGGUAGUGGUCUUUGCUGCGAUAGAGUUUUCACGGGUUUCGAUCGUGAGAUAAAGAGAAAACAGGCCGCUAAAAGGACACCUUGCAAGGUCGCCUGGGCGUCGCUGAACUUGAUUCCAUCCAGAUACAGCACUGACUGGCUGUAGGCGAGUAUCAGUGCAUUCAAUGCUAAUAUUUUGAACAUUUGCAGAGUGGUGACCAGUGUGCAACGUCCCUGUUUGAUUACGUGGCAUACUGUAAACAAAUGAGCUCUUGUGUUUCUACUUAACAUAACAAAAGAAUAGGUCUGUUCGUUUUAGCUGAACUGGCUGCACUAGAGUUUAUUCGACAUUGAAAGAAAAAAGAUGAACUCUGAACUAGUGCAGCCAGUUCAACUAAAACGAACAGGCUUAGUAAUUUAGAAAUAUUCUACGAGUCUUACUGCAUUGGAUAGAUGACAUUUUGCUGGUGAAAGGAGCGGCGAUGGAGGCGUCGCCGAGUUUCACGAUCACACAUUGUUCCUCGUUAUCGAUUUCCUUCAGGAUCUUCUGCAGCUUCGCGCGAGUAUUCAGCGGGGCGCCUCUCGGAUUGGUCCUUGGUCCGUUGCUCACAGGUGACACGGAGGUGUCGUUCCUUGAAUCAUCCGAUUGUCGUUUGUCGGAGAGUAUCUUUUCGGGCGGACUAGAGAGAAUUGCCACACCUAACAGAAAAAAGGAGCAAUUCAAAUACACCCGGCGAGGUGUCACGUGACCGAGCUAGCAGAAGACCGGCUUCAAAUGGCUGCCACGUUACAAGACACAUCGCGAGGCCGAGGAAACGGGCCACGUGCCCCGUUGUUCAACCGAAUGAAGCGGCACUUACCGAGCUGCAAUUUAAGAACGUGUGCACGUGCACCGACCAUUGGCAGCACAGACACAAAAAGAUCUGCAGCACGCCGAUCGCCGCGAUGCCGACCAGACCCGCGUCAUAGUACUCGUCGACGCCGUAGACGAAGAUCCAGCAGUAGAUCCACAGGGUCUGCAGCAUCACGAACGGCAUCACGUAGCCGUUCAGCAUCCACGCGCGCGGAUUGUGCAGACUGACGGACUGCACGAGCUCGUCCACCCGGGACGAGGUCACCGCCAUGAUUACUAAUUGCUUAACCAACAAAUUAAGGGACUACGAGUCGACGAACUUCUUUAAGCACCAUUCACACAUCGAGAGACCGCGCACAUCGUCGAGUAAACCUCGUUCGCCGGAUGACGUCACGCGUACGCGUAAUCUGCAUACGGGCUGGGAUUCGAGGGGGUUCUACAAUUUUUCAGCAGGGGUUAUGGUUGGAAUGCGAAGAAGCGCGUGUGCCGACCGAUAGCGCGUAUCGGUGUCAGCGAGCGGACCAGAUGUUACGUCAGCAACGCCACCGUCGAGUCAACACGGCGGCGGAGUCGCGAACUAAACGCCGACAUGGCGACCCGAGGCGCAAGUCGCGAGUUUGAAUCCCGCCAUUUACUUUCCUCGAUCAAGUGUCCACGUAUCGAGCACACGCGCGUUCUUCCUGAUGGUCACCCGAGGUGAACCCUGCACGGAAUACGGAUGUCCUGGACGACCGCAGUAUCAACCCUUUGUUCCCGCGCCUCCAGGACACACCCCCAGUUGUGCGCCACCGGGACAGACCUUCUGCGAGAUCCUGGACCAUUAUCCUCGACAACUCAUCAAAUUUCUCGUCGACAAAUGCAGCUUUGACUUUAGCACCGCGUUGCGAGACGAAUCUCGCGACGACUUCAAUUCUUACAGUUCUCGUCCGGAUUACAGUCAAGGCUACGACUAUCCGCGACAGGAUAAUGUAUAUCGAUUAUACACGCAGCUAACAGAACAGCCGGCUCCGGUAUACGGACCUCCGUCUAAUAGUAGCCGUUACAAUGGUUAUAAAUAUUCUGCACCGCCACAAUCGCAGAGAAAUCCUUUCCUUCCAGAAACGACUCUAAAGCAUCAUCAAAAUAUCCCACGACAGUUCGAUUAUAAUUAUCCGCAGGAAUCAUUGGCUAGACCGAAUCAGUCGUGGUUGACGAACAGAUAUUCGCGAAAUGACAAAAUAGCGCCGCGAACUUAUAGCGUGAAUCCUUUGUUGGGAUACGCCAAGCUUAAGGGCGAUCGUGUCAAGAGACAGUUGAAUCCGAAUGCGAUCUCUCUUUGUCCUACACAAGCGCAAUAUAUCGCUCCCAAGGCUGCUCUAAACAAUCAAGGCAACUGGAUGUACGUUGUCAAUCUAUCGGGACAGAACAAAUACACACAGCUCGUCAAAAGUGAAAAAUGUUUAAAUAACGAAUGCAACGGUAUAUGUUCAGUUCCGGAAGGAUACAGUAGCAAGUGUCAACAACAAUUUGUGCAAAAGCGACUGAUCGCGCUGGAGGGAAGCGGAAAUCGACUUUACACGGAUGUGUUCUGGUUUCCGCACGGUUGCUCGUGCCAGAUUAUACCAAAUUUUUGAAUAUACAACAACAUGGACUGUGUCGCAUUCGAUGAAUAGGGAUCAUUUUCAAGGAUAAGCUAUUAAACGCAGUUAGAUUGCUCUCUUCAUGAUUAUAACUCGACGCUGCGGAACGCAGAGUGCGCUUCGUAUCAGCGUUUAAAGGUGGGUACCGAUAAUGUAGCGUUCUAGGAACGAUGAUGCGUUACUCUCGAACAAGUCUCUCGACUCAAUGUACAUUACCAGCGGUGUUAAAGUAGAGGCGGAUAAGCCUCUCGUCGACAUAUGUAGUUUACUUGUUACAGUAACCAUUUUAUAAUAUAGGACAAAUCGCGCGAGCAACGUGAAUUUUCCCAUCCAGAUGUUAAUUUUGAAUGUUUCAAGUCGUUUGUUAGCUACGAAUAGGUAAAAAUCAUUUUCAACGAGAAAUAUUGCAAUUAUUUCCGCAUCAUAUAUGAUAUUCCAUAUCUAAAUCUAUUCGUAUUACAUUUGGCAUUAAAAUGUAAGAUAGGAUCUUUUAUUAUAUUGACUGGAUUAUAUAUUAACGAUUCGAUCUUAUCUACCUUUUAGCCUUCUCGCGAUUCGUUUAUAAUUACUACAAGGACAGGCAACUUUGAAUAAUGUCUUGAAUAUCAGCAGUUCUUUUAAUUGUAAUUUUUAAUUGAUAUUAUCUUUAAUGUGUGUGUGUGUGUGCGCGUGUAUAAGAAUUUAUAAUUUAGAAGAUAUUUCGAUAAAUACUUGAACUGUCACGCAAUUAAGUUUAUUUCUAUAGUAGAUACAAUUUUCUUCUCAAUGAGAUUGAAGAGAGACAGCGAGAAAAUUUCUCGUAUUUGCAAAAUAAGAGUUAAAGGAAAAUUUUAUGUAUAUGCUACUUACAUAUAAAUUAGUAACAAAUAUAAUCUAUUUAAAAAUGCCA